AUGGCAGUCCAAGGCCAGAAGCUGGGCCAAUCCAGCACUUCCAAUUGCAAUCGCACCCAGACGUUGGACCUGGGCCAACGAGCUGCCGGUCCGAACCUUGGCAUGUUCGGUCUUCCAGAUGCCGCUGCGGACGUCGAUGGCUUCGAUCCGAGUUUAGACGGCGGGCCUUCGUCUCAAGACUCCACGGCGCCCCUCCAGCUCUGGGGCGAUAAUGGUAAUCAGGGAUCCAUGUCCACCAUGCCACUUUGUCACACUAAUAUUGCCUUGUCAAUGCAUUUGCCCCAACAACUCUUCAAGGCAUGCCCAGACCACUUGGGCCAAGCGAUCCCAGCCCAAUCCAGCCUACUUGGAGGGCAAUAUCUCCAACCUCUGACAGAGUACCUUCCAUUGCCCAGCACUGGACAUGGCGGCCUCGAUUCCGAUAGCUUCGAGUCGGAGUGGUCCCAAACUGGCCCGGCAUCGUGGCAGGCUGCCGCAUGGCCGGUGGACAUCAAUGCACAUGCGACAGCCGACGGGACGGUGCUCCAUUCCGACAACCUGCCUAGCUACGUCCUCAACACUCUCGAGCUGGAACCGAAACUGAGAACUCUCUCAAUGGUACCUCGACCGGACGGGGGCCAAGUCCCAGUAUGGCAGGGCCAGGAUAAUAUGGUGAGCGGACAUGCCUCGGAACCAGAUAGGAGGAAGAGGGGGCAACCGCAUACUGACGCGGCGGAACGGGGAGAAGGCGGGGCCCCACCGAAGAGGAAAAGGGGACGCCCACCAAAGCACGCACCAGACACCGGCUCUGCGAGUUAUGCGAACUCUCCCAUCCUCGGAAAAGAGUCCAACUCCGACUCGGAUACGGUUCCUUCCCCGGUCAGCCCAGGGGAUGAAUCGGACCUGUUGCUGUUAAAUACGCACAACAAUAGCAGCAUCAGCAUCAACAUCAGCGAAAGCAACACCGACAUAACCGUCCCCGACGACACACCUCCGAAUUCCAACCGCACGGCGAAACAGACUCGGAGUAGGCGAGGCAGCAUCUGCAACGGUAACCCCAGCAAGUCGGACCGCGACCGCGACCGCAACCGAGCAGCCGCUAGUCGGUACCGCGCCAAGACGCAGGCCGCCUUCGCCCAGCUCGAGGCCGAGGAGCGCGCGGCCAACGAUCGGCGCCAGUCGCUAAUGGCUUGCGCCAGCCAGCUUCGCGACGAGAUCUUCCUGCUCAAGACGGAGCUGCUGCGGCACGCCGACUGUGACUGCCCCCUUAUCCAGGGGUACCUGUCCCACGCGGCCAGGCAGGCCUGCGUAGGCCUGAAGGCUUCGACUUCGGCAAUCGGCAGGAUGGCUCAUGGAUGGAACUGA